AAAGUAAUGAUCUCCCCCGGGCCAUAGAAUGGACAAUAUGCAAGACGCCCAAGCGCAUAGCGUGGACGCGCCUUCCUCACAAGUUCAAGCCUCGCCGCCUCGCCAGAAGCAAUCGACAUUGGCCUCCAUUGCCAUUCAGUCCUUCGCUGCCUUCCGCUCUCAGACAUCGUCACAGCUUGUCCCUAUCGCUGUCCAGUCGCCGGUUCGACGCAAGCCUCUACCAGCAGACUCUCCUGUUGCUGCUCGUUUCUCUCAGUCGAACCUACGCGCCAACAGCAUCACCAGUAAAGAUAAUCGUCCUAAUUCAGUACUCUCGCCGCCAUUGACCGACGAGGGCUUGUUCGUGCCCAGGAACCUUGACAGCAACCCACACGAAACCACCCUUCUGACAGGAACCGCGCCCAAACCAUUCGCACCCCACAAGAGCUUCCUCCCUGUUACGACCCUCAACCCAUCCGUCUACUCUCCACGGCAUGAGAGGUCGAUCAGCAACAUCCAACCACAGCGACCGACGAAAGCAGGAGAUCUGAAGGCCCACGCUCGCUCACCUACUAUGCCCAAUAUGCCUCUAUACGCUUCAGAAUCACGGCCAGGACCAGACCUCAAGAUCAAACUAGACGGUGUUACGGAAGACUUCAUGGACGAAUACUCUUACGGUGCUGAAGACGACGUACCCCGCGACAUUUCACAACAGGGCAAACCCAAGUCCCCGGGUGGCGGGUUCACUUCCUUCUUUGGCUGGAACUCGUCGAGGCCACAGAACGGCGCCGAGUCACCGGCUACCACAUUCUCCUUGUCUCCAACAGAUUCCCCACGGAAUAAACAAGGGAACAUGCCUGCCAAGACAAAACCAAAUGGUCUGGACAUUCCAGCUGCCAACUCGCUAUCUUCCUACUUCAACGUACCAGGGACACCACUCCUCUCAUCAUCGCCUCAAAUGAAUGCUCACGUCGAGGAGCUCGAGCGCGAAUUGCGCGAAGUGAGCUCAGAGCUAGCUGCCUCGAUUCAGAGAGAGAUGGAAUUGGAAGAUGAAGUUGAGCGCUGGAAAGCGGAAAGCGCCUCGGUCUCAUCACCAGACAACAGGAGAACAAGUGAUUACUAUUCAGACUCAGGGAUUAGCUCGAUUCGGUUUCCUAUCAGUGACCCUGAGGCUAAGUUGGAAGAAGUAGACACACAACGAAGGAAGGCGGAGCAAGAUCGCGCAUCUUUGAAGGUGCGCAUGGCUGAACGACUACAAGAGGAACUGAGACGUCGCAGGGACUUGGAAGAGCAGGUACAGCAACUCGAAGAUCAGGUUAGCGACCAGUCCAGAGUUGGAUCAAUGGUUGAAGACCCUCGAGUGAAGGAGCUGUCAACGUCAUUAGAAGAUGCUAAAAGACGUUUGGCUGAAGAGAGACAGGUCAAAGAAAACUUCGAAGAUCUGCUGACAGCCUUGCGUGAAGAGCUCGAGAAGCACCGUAACGAAGCCGACAAUUUGCGAGAACAAGUGGUUCCUCAGUUACGAUCACGACUCGAGGUCCUGGAAGUAGAGGCCGCCGACACCGAGAGGCUCGUGUUCGAAUCUACAAGGAUGCAGCAAGAGAUCCAGCAACUGCGGAAUGAGAACCAAUCCCUUGUUGCUGCCCGGAAAUUGCAGCUGGAAACAACGCAGCCGCCGCAGCCGAACCUUAGUUUCCAGUCUAUCGCGGAAGAGGAGAACGAUGGUCCGCCCUCUAAUCUACGUGUUGGCUUGACACGGUCCAACUCGCUAGCUCGCAGUACUGGAUUUAACUCCAAGAGGGGUUCGCUGAUGCGGUCAAACUCAGUCAAGACCAGAUCAGGUGAUGUGUCUCCCGCAGACGUACCAACUGUCAGCAACCCGGUAAAGGAGUUGGAGGAGCAGCGUGAUGCGCUCCACAAGGCCCUGAAACACCUCCUACACCGACAAGAGAUGCAGCAAAGAGAUUUUCAGAGACGUAUCAACGAGCUCGAAGCUGAAAGAGAUGCUGCUCUUAACCUCACGCCCCGUCGGACCGCAUUCCAUAGAGAGGUCGGUGAUCUUAGACAAGAGGUAGAUGCGCUUCGACGUCGCGCAGACGAUGCAUUAGAGCAGAAGUGGCAGUGCGAGAAAGGACUAGGUGGACUGCGGAUGGAUCUUGAUCGAGCACAACAAGAGACGAGCUCUCUCCGUGAGCUCCUUCGUGAGCACGACAUCACCGUUCCCGAAAUUCGUCUGGAGAAUGAACCUAUCUCCUUGGACAAGGCAUACAACGAGCUGCAAACGACACAAGCCCUUUCACUCGUACGCAUUCAACAGCUGGAGUCAAGCGAUGGAGAGUCCUUGGGCGCUGCCGGGGCUGAAGCUGAGAGGACACUCGACCUUUUGAGGCGCAGCAUCUCAGAUGCUGAGGCAGAGCGUGACUUCGCUAUGAGCGAGGCUGAACAGUACCGCAAACAAGCACGGCAGCUGCAGAAGUCGGAGCUUGAACAUCUUGACAAUGAGCAGAAGCUCAGCACCGAGUUGUUUGCUGCUGCAGGGCGCAUGGAUGAGCUCUCCAACAGGAUCCAACAGCAACUCGAGGCCAAUGGUUCAUUACGAGCACGCCUGACUGAUGCUAUCUCUCGUGGGGAGAAAGAGCAACAUAAGUCAACAGAGCAGAUCAUCAAACUAGAGCGGCGUCUGAAGACAGCAGAGGAUAAGGUCAUGCUUGCUCAGCAGUCGUCUGAGGAGGCUAUUGCCAAGCACGAGACGGAAGUCCAAGCUCUCAAGGAGAGCCAUAGCAGCCAGUUACGUCGCGUAAAGUCUGGCUUGUUGAGCCCAUCAGCCUUCUCGCCUAAGAUGCCGUCGUCUCCAGUGUUCUCUCAACGAUCACCUCGUCUUGAUAUGACCACUAGUGGCCCUGCCAUGACCAUGGCUGAAGCCACCAAGACAGAACUCCUCGAGAAGCGUGUCGAAGAGCUGGAGAAAGCUCUCCGUGACGCUGAUCGUGAGAUGGAGGAGGUUGUCAGUCGUAUGAACAUUGCUCAGAUCGAGGUUGCUGAGCUCCAGUUUGAAAAGGAUGAGGCCCUUCGUCACACACGGAAACUGCAGGCUGACAUCCUCGCCGAGCGCGAGAAGGUCAAAGUACUGAUGGCUUCCAACGAAUAACUUACUAAUCCAAAUCACGUUUGCUGGACACGACGUUCUGACCUUACAUAAUACUAGCCGACUGCAUGCACAACACCUGCAUAUGAGCUUCCAAGCUAUCGUCUCGGCCUUUUCUCAGACACUGCAUCUACAUUUGGCGUCACGACUGUACGCAUAUUACCCUUCACAACACACACCAUUCUGGAUUUCUGGACAUGUAUCAGAAACCUCUAUUUUGGCCAGUGCCUUGCUGGCUACUGUUCUAUACCCUGUAGCGGUUACAACGCUAUUUACCUUUCUCAGUUGGUGGCUGCCCUGCGGACGAUCUGCAGGUUUCUUCUUGGAUGUCAUGGCUUCAAGCCUCUUUGGAUAUCUUGUGUAGCAUUCGUGUACGGAUGUUGUACUAUAAC